CACGGAAGCAAACCCUAUCUGAGACCACCUCCCACUGAUUGUCGAUUCCCGAACAACAACGCGUACAGGCAUCAUCCCGGCAUUAAACUAUGCUGUAUCAGUCGGUUGUUAUGAGCUGAUCCAUGUAUCGCGAUCGAAUCCCAAGCGUGUACACGAGGCCGGGGAUCGAUUCGUGACGGGCCAGUGAAGUGGGCCAGAUUUCGCCAGGAAUAUAAUACCGCCCAAGUCAAGCCUAGUCAAGAAAUCCGGUCCGAUUCAACCACGCUCCACCGCACAGCGCUCAGGGCUACAGGUCCCCGACGACGAUUGUCAGAUCACGCGAUGCCAGUGUCUUUUGUUGUGUGUGUGUGUCUUUGAGAUGCACUCUACGAAGUUUCGGUUGGCCCAAGAGGUAUGCUCGUAGUUCCCGCGAUGCUGACAAAGCGAUUCGCUCUCAGCUUCUCCCAAGUAUUCUACGGCACGCAUGACGUCAAUUCUUUCUGUCCUCAUCGCGACAAGAAACCCAAUUGCCGAUCGGCUGCAGAGUGCCUAGAGACUUGGAAAUGUGAAUAUUGUGAAGCACCUGUAGGGUUGCAUUUGGAAAUGGGAUUUCGAAACACGGUCAUUUCGUUUUUGUACAUUUCUUUCUUGUUGUUAGGACACUCAGUGAGCAUGUACCAGUCACGAGGAGCAGAUAGUAUCCUUUAAUCAUGUCCUUCUUUCGUCACAAUUCAUGAUCCUGGGCCUCGUCGAGCCAAGUCAAGUUGCAUUCCCUUGAGCGGCAUUCUCAUUCGCGGGUAUGGUACAAUUCUGUACCAUACUGCCCACCGGAUGAUUGAUUGCCAAAUACGCAAGGAAUUAAAGUGGCUGCCAACAUCCGCUGCAAGGCCAUGAUCUGCCAGCCGAGAGUGCGGGAGAUGAAAAUGCAGCAGACAAAAGGAAAGAACAGACUUUUCUAUUUUGCCCCACAUGUUCAGGUCUUAAUUCUCUGCCUGAGGCUUGGUGAGGCCUGGGAGGAGGGAGGGGGGAGGAGUUUGGGGGCGGGCAAAGAAUGGCUCGAAGCAAGUGAGAGUGUUCAUGACUCGUGAGGACGAGGGAGGUGCCAUGGAUGUAUAUACGCCAGCCAACUCGAUGUAAAGCCUGGAAAGUGUGGCGGAUUGGAUUGGAUUGGAGGAAGGGCGAACAGUAAAUACCGGUAUGGCGAGAGAGAGGAUCGAAGGGCGGCCAUGCCGAAACUACUCGAACUUCGAAGAAAGCUCCCCGUUCGACGGGAAACCGGUACGUGUAUAAUUCAGAGGAGCCCGACAUAAUACGACAGUAACUUCCGCCGUACAGGAAGGCAGCUUCGGUUGCAGGGGAGGGUGAGGGUGAUGGGGCGAUGGCGAUGGCGAUGGCCCGAAUGCAAUCUUCAUGCGAAGGCCAGAAGUCAAAGCGCGCAUCGAGAGGACGUGCCGUGUUGCAUAAGGAGUCUACGGUUCGUAUGUGGACGGCCUCGACCCGAACACGUAUAGAUAAGGCAGCGAGGGGUUCAGACCAGACCAGGUGUUAUCGGAACGCGACCGAAUAAAAUAUUGCUGGUCUGCGCAAUUGGGAACAGUACAAGAAAGAUACGAAGAAUUUCUGGCUGCCUUGGUGGUCCAGAUCUGAUUUCUAGGGUUUGCUUUCGCCCAUUAUAUCCCAGAUCUUAUGACAACAGUGCUGCUGGAUUAAACCAUAUGCGACGAGCGCGCUCUGAAGGUACAGAUCGAUCGCGAUUUCUUUUCCCACCCCCCAGCCAGUGCCCUACCGCUAGACUUUUGGGCCUUAGGGUUGCACUUUCACCGCUCGCUCGCCUCGCCAUUGGGUGCUUGUGGUUGUUUUCCACGGAGGGUGCCUCGUGGAAAAGCUCGACAUGGUGGGCCACCAUCACUGCAGGCAGAUCUUAGAAUUAGAAAUACGAUGGACUUCAACUUAUUCCCAUGGCGAGUUCUGCAUCCCAGAGAGUACCCCAGGGAGGUGAAAGAAAUCGGCACCUGAAGAAAUGUAAGAAAGGGUGGAUUGCAUUUCACUUGCCCGCCCGCCCGCCACCGGAUUGCUCGAUUCCCUUCGUUGGUAGUGCUUUUUGGCUCACAGCAGCCAGAUCACCUGGCUUUGCGCUCAGGUCACGUCGUAGGUUUGUUUAUAGCCCAGUCAUUUGAGACUUUCACGCACAUUCUUGAUUCGUUUUGCAUUCAAAGGAAUCAUAUUUCAGAUCCUCUCUCUCUCUCUCUCUCUCUCUUCCUCUUUCUUCAGAUCCCAUCCUUUACUGUGAGAGCUGGAGCUUUUACUUCACCCAAAUCAUCCAGCUAAUGACAUGGGAACACACUCCAACCUCAUUCACAGCAGACAAGAAUUACGGAGGUGGAGAUUUGAAAUUGGGCCACAAUAAAGGUAUGUCUACUGGGGGGCAUAUCAUCCAAAGGGAGAAGCUUGGACCGAUGGAGAGCACCGCAAGUUCAACUAUCGAGAGAUCACGUAAACAAAUCUUUAUGGGAGAUCCUUUACGUAUGACAAUAUACCACUCCAACACCAAAAUGAGAGGACUUCUGAAGUAGUCAGGACUUUAAACCGCUUGCACAAGCUCCCGAGAAGACACUCCAAGAUUGAAGAGACUUGCAUCUUAUCUCUUCGUUUCAAUGAUCGAAAUGGUUCGACAUGUUCUCCCCAUGUCCAAAGUACGAGAUUAGUUUCGGACCUGGAGCUCUUGGUAUCGUAUUAUUAUUUGUUGCAAGCACAAUUGGUUUGUUGACUGACACUUUGUCCACUAAAGCCACACAAACACAGUUGCUGAUGAUGUGAGCCUUCAUAUUCAAGUGUCAUAGAUCUUUCUGUGAUACCCAAGAUUCUCUUGAC